UAGCCCGCUCCACCUCCGCCGCCGUCCACGUCUCUCCGACCAGUCGAGGCUGUGCAGCCGUCCGGUCGCGAUUCCACCUCGCUCGCCCUGACGAACAAAGACGGAGAGUAGAGAGCUGCUCUACCACACCAUGACUGUCAUCAAGGAACCCAUCGCCGUCCGCCCAACGAGCCAGCACCGGCACUCGAACACCAUGGCCGGCUCACUCCCCAAGUCGCGCCCGCACUCGCACUCGCUGUCUGUAGGCUCCAUCAACCCGGCACACCGCGUCACCCGCAGGAAGAGCAUGAGCUCGACGGCCGCCGGCAACAUCGCUGCCAUGGCUGCGGCGGCCAAGGGCAUAUCCGGGGCCCCGCUCGAGGGCAGCAGCAGCUCGUCGCGCCGCCCGUCGAAGCCUGCGUCGCACUUCCGGGGUCCCAAUCUAAGCACCAUUCCCUCCAUGGCCUCGAGCGUCCCGAGCAAUGGCUCCGCGUUUGGGCCUAGCAGCUACAGCGCGGCCGCCAAGACCGAAGCUAUCGCCGACGGGCCUCCGCUGGCCGCGAUGCCUGAGCAGGAGAAAGGCAACUCCAAGGCGCGCAUACGCCGUGCGAGCGAGGGCUCCCGUCUGGCAAAAGGCGAAGGCAAGCGCACAAGUGGUAGCGAAUUGAGGUGUGAAAAAUGUGGGAAAGGAUACAAGCACAGCAGCUGUCUGACCAAACAUCUAUGGGAGCACACGCCCGAAUGGCAGUACACGUCUAAGCUGCUCAUCUCCAAGCACCAGCAGGUGCAGCUGCUCGAGGCAGCCUCUGUCCUCGUCGCCAUGAACCAGGAGGGUGAGUCCCGCGACAGCGACCAUUCUUCUGUGUCGCCGCCGGCCUCGGGCUCCUCGGACCUUCGUGACGAGUUGAGCUCCACGGACACUACCCCGCCCCCGCAAAUGGACGAUCACGCCGUAGGCUCCUUCCCUCGCUCCCACUACGGCAAUCGCUCCUCCAAGCGCUACUCCACAAACAGCUCUGCAUACAGCCAAUCCUACCAGUCCGCCGUAUUUUCCGACAACGGUCAAAGCGGCCACUAUCGCCAGUGGAGCAAUGUCUCCGACCGACCAACGACGUCCGGCACCUCGGUUGCCGGUUCGUAUCACGACGAUGAAAACGACCAGGCCGACCUUGCCGCCGCUGUCGGUUUGCUGAGCUGCUCUUACGGCACACCCAAGUCGGGCCCUGUCGCCCUCCCACCUGACGUUCCUCCAGUGCCUCCGCUACCAGCCAAGUUCUUGGAUUUCAACAACGUCCCUUCGAUAUCCGGCAGCACCACCGUGACUGCGCAGCAGUCGAGCUUACGCGGGAGCGGCUACCGCUACCACCAUGAAAGCAAAGACGUCGACAUGGACGACGGCCAUUUCGCGGACGAUGACGACUUCCGCAACGCCAACUCGCGCAGUCGGGGACAAAUUGACGAGGACGAUGAUGCCUUCUUCGGCCGGAUGGAGGAGUAGGCUUUCGUCCCCGGCAUUACACGUGUGCAACGUCCGCCAUGAAACCGACCGAUGCCUUUCCUUUGUCGUCCCAUUCGAUACUUUUCCGGCCUGUAACACAACCAAUCAGCAAUGCAGCGACCUAUCUCCGCAGACUCUACCUGGACCGCUUUCCGCAGCACCGAGGAGAGGGCCUUCAACCCACGUCGAGCUCUUGAGGUUGAAGCUGCGGAUUCGGACGGGUAAUUAUGCUCAGUCUUGCGUCGAGAGCCUCACAACAUAUAGCACCAUUUACCGGAGUUGUUUCUUUCGCUAGCUCUUCAUAUUUUGCGCCUUCUACAACUUGAACCCCGCACAAAGCCUUUUCUUCAGCGGAAACGGGGAAGAUAUUUGUUUGGAGAAUUUUUUACCACAAUCGUGGAGGAAACAUUUGCAUGAUCCUGUUGUUUGG